GAAGAGUAUGAAGAACUGCUUCGUUAUGCUAUAGUGACACCAAAUAUUGAAUCCAGUACUUUACAGUCAUCUCAUCCUAAGGGAGAAGUGGCGCCAGAUAAUAGAAUUCCUACUACAAUUGAUGAUAUUCUUCAUAAUCAAGGAAGUAACCCUUUAGUAAGAGAAACUGGGAUGGAAGUUGGAAAAGAAAGUGAUUUAAAUAUUUCAAGUCAUUCAAAGACAGAUGGGUCGUCACCAGUGUUAUCACCAAGGAAGCCUUCUCACCCAGUCAUGGACUUCUUCAGUUCACAUCUUUUAGGUGACUCUUCCUCACCAGCAUCUAAUUCUACUCAUACAGAUGCCCGUGAAAUACUUGUGAGCGAUUUUCUUGUUUCUGAUGAAAACCUUCAUAAGAUGGAAAAUGUACUUGAUCUUUGGAGUUCAGGUCUUAAG